CUCUGGUGAAAUUUCAAAAUUUGGAGUUUGUCGCAGAAGUGGGAAAUCAACGGUCGUCGGCACAGUUUCCUAUUCAGCAAUCAGCCCCGUCUCCAUGCUCUCCACUCUUCAAUCACACACUCACUCGAACGCCCCCUUCUCGUUCCUCCUCCCAUCGUUCGCAGAGACAGCAGAGAAUCAGAAAAAUGGUGGCGAAGCAAUCGAAAUACGAGCAAAUCCGGCUCAGCAGAAUGGAAGAGAACAAGAAAAGAAUGGAAGCCCUCAAUCUCCCCCUGCUCUCUCAAUCCCUCCGCACCACCUCUCCCAACCCUUCUCCGAUGAAGCAGUCAGCGCCUCGGCCUCGUGUGGUGAAGAAGGAAGUGGUGGUCGUCAGGAGGUCCAGCCGCGUCGCCAACAAACCUUCUCCUGUAUAUGCUGAAGUGGGUGAAUCCCUUGUCCCUUUUCGAGUUAUUGAAUACUAUCUAACUUUCUAACCCUAGGUCUGCUUCUACAGCUGGGUUUAAGCCAUUUGAAUCAGGGCAUUUAAGAGAGUUUUAGUUGUGCUUUUAUGUGGCAGAAGAAUCGUAACUUUUGUGAUUGAUUGAGGUGUUUCGUUUCGUCGGGCAGGUUGUUGUGGAUCGAGUGAUGAUACCAAGAAGGUACAGAUAUGAGGAUAUGAUCCCCAUCCAAAUUGCUUGGAGCCUAGCUAUAUGAAAUGAAUGUUCAUCUGGGGCUAAAGUGGUUAAGAGGAAUGUAUGGAUCUUUUGUUUGCAGGGUGUCAAGUGGAAGGUCAAGGGAUUUGUCGAAUAGGGUGUAUGCAAGUGAUGAAGCAAGGGCAGAAGCUUUGGAGAAAGCAGAGAAUUUGCAUGCUAGUUUAGAAACCCAUUACCCUUCUUUUGUCAAGUCCAUGCUUAUAUCCCAUGUUACUGGUGGAUUCUGGCUGGGACUUCCGAAAAGCUUCUGCAAGAUGAACCUUCCAAAACGUGACGAAGUGAUGACCCUAAUAGACGAGGAAGGAAAUGAGCACCCAACAAUCUAUCUUCCAAGGAAGACGGGACUGAGUGGUGGAUGGAAAGGGUUUGCAGUUGAUCACAACUUGGCAGAUGGGGAUGCUUUAAUUUUCCAAUUGAUCAGGCCUACAGCAUUCAAGGUCUACAUCACAAGGGCUAAAGUUAAUAUCUGAAUCUUGGUGGGUUUUCAUUUUACCAGGACAGCUAGAUCAUCAGUUAGGGGCUUGUUGUUAUUAAACAAAGCUUUAUGGAGGCAGCGCAGCAGGUUGUAGAAGUCGAAGACUUUUUGGUGUAUAGAUAACGGUAAUGGUGAAGGUGAGGGGUGGUGGUGGUGGGGAUUGUAAUCAUGCUCCCACCAUCAUAUUUUUGGGGGGAUGAUUUUGCAAUUUACCCUUGAUUAUGACCUGAUCUCUAUUAUUGCGUUGUUAGAUUAACUCGAUUCUCUAAUUAUGAUUUCCAGAAAACAUAUAAUAUCCCCUUCUCUUUCGCCCUUUGCCUCUCUUUUCUCUUCAAUGUGCGGAUUAUGCUAAGUGAUAGGUUAAUGAAUAGCAAUAGGGUACAAGUUUAUACUUUUCUAGUUAAUUAGUUAUUAAACUGUCAAUUGAGCACUUUAA